AAGCUGGUGCUUGUAGUAUAAUGACAGUAGGUGAAGUACAGCUUGGUUAACCCAAAUCCAUGAAAGCAUAAGCCCAAGAGAGGCCCAGCAAGAACACAUCAUCUUGAUUCCAAUUCAAUUGAACACGAGAAAAUUACAAAAAACAAAAGAUCGGUUUCUGUUUCAGUUUAAAGUUAAUCCACAGCUUUUUUGUUCACAAAUUUCCAUGCUCCGUUGCAGGUGCCCCACGCGCUGCUCCAUAUCCCUCCCAUCUACGGCUUCUUCGUGUCCUACAUAGCUCCACCCUGUUGGAGUUGACUCACCCGCAUGAACAUAACCCUAGCUCACUCAAGCUCCUUUUUUUGAUAAUCCCGCUUCUAAGAAAAAACGAAUUAUAUUACACACGAUGAUGGGCUCUGAGAACCCUGGCUUCGAAGAAUCUCACCUUUCCGCUUCCCGUGAAGAAAUGGAAAACCUCGUUCUCGACGACCCGCUCACCACCACCACCGCCACCACCAACAACAACUCCUACUCUAGUUUCCGGAGCGCCAACUCAUCGAUCUCCGACGCCGCCACGCGCCACCCGCUUUCCCCGCCGGUACUCUCCACUCCGGCCGAAUCCGAUCCAUUGCUCUCCCCUCCCGUAUUUCGAAACCCUAAUGCAUCUGAUAACAACUCCUACAUCGAGCCCCCUUCUUACGCUGACGUUAUCUUCAGCCCUUUCGAUGACAACUCCGCCAACGAGAUCAACCGCGUCGAUUCCACUUCUCACGAUCUGGAUUCGUCUUUGACGCUCUCCAGAUCCUCGUCGUCCACCUCUGAUUACAUCAAGAUCACGGUUUCCAACCCUAAGAAGGAGCAAGAGACCACCAAUUCACUUGUGCCCGGAGGUAACACUUACUACACUUACCUAAUUACCACGAGAACCAAUAUUGUGGAUUUUGGGUCAUCCGAAUUUAGUGUCAGGAGAAGGUUUAGGGAUGUAGUCACCUUGUCGGAUCGGUUAGCGGAAUCUUACCGUGGAUAUUUUAUUCCGCCAAGGCCGGACAAAAAUGUGGUUGAAUCUCAGGUGAUGCAGAAGCAAGAAUUUGUGGAGCAAAGAAGGGUUGCAUUGGAGAAAUAUUUGAGGAGGCUGGUGGAGCAUCCUGUCAUUAGACAAAGUGACGAAUUGAAGGUGUUUUUGCAGGUGGAAGGGAGACUUACUUUAUCGAUGAGCACUGAUGUGGCUUCUCGGAUGCUCGAUGGAGCCGUGAAAUUGCCCAAGCAGUUAUUUGGGGAAAGUACUGCAGUGAUGGCGCCACACGAGGUGGUGCAGCCCGCGAAAGGUGGGAGGGAUUUGUUGCGUUUGUUUAAGGAAUUGAGACAGUCUGUUGCAAACGAUUGGGGUGGUUCUAAACCACCUGUAGUGGAGGAGGAUAAGGUAUUUUUGGAGAAGAAAGAGUGGAUUCAUGAUCUUGAGCAGCAAAUAAGCAAUGCUUCUCAGCAGGCUGAGUCUCUUGUUAAAGCACAGCAAGAUAUGGGAGAGACAAUGGGAGAACUAGGAUUGGCGUUUAUUAAGCUGACUAAGUUUGAGAAUGAGGAGGCUAUGUACAAUUCUCAGAGAGUGCGGGCUGCUGACAUGAAAUGUUUGGCAACUGCAGCAGUUAAAGCUAGCAGAUUUUAUCGAGAAUUGAAUGCGCAGACUGUCAAGCAUUUGGAUACACUUCACGAAUAUCUUGGGCUUAUGUUAGCUGUGCAUGGUGCAUUUUCGGAUCGAUCAAGUGCUUUAUUGACAGUUCAAACUCUCCUAUCAGAACUAUCUACACUUCAUGCAAGAGCUGAAAAACUUGAAGCUGCAUCAUCGAAAAUAUUUGGCGGCGACAAAUCUAGGAUUCACAAGAUAGAGGAACUGAAAGAAACUAUAAGGGUUACUGAAGACGCAAAAAAUGUUGCCAUAAGAGAAUAUGAGAGGAUCAAGGAAAAUAACAAGUGUGAACUUGAAAGGCUUGACAAGGAAAGACGCGUUGACUUCUUGAACAUGUUGAAGGGGUUUGUUGUAAAUCAGGUGGGAUAUGCCGAGAAAAUUUCAGAUGUGUGGGCAAAGGUGGCAGAGGAGACGAGUGGAUAUGCAAAAGAUAGCUGUUAAAUGUUUGAAUGUAUAUUCACUUCCUUGUUUUUUUGGUCCUUUAUACUUUUUAAUGAUUAUUGUCCUUGUUAGGUGACAGUUUUAAUAAGAAUAAUAAAAAUGAAGAAAACGGAGGAAGAACUUGGGUUAA